AACAGCAGACAGUGCGUCCAAAAUCACACUUCCCGAGGCCUGUCAGGUGCUGGGGCGGACAAUGUGAGCUCGGGGACCCCCCGGGGCAGGGGCCCAAUGCUGUCUGUAGGAGCUGCGGGGGGCACCCGGGUGCCAGCUGACAGCUGCACCAGUGGAGCCGCAACCAACAGUGUCCUCAUGUCCUUGGUGUCUUCCCUGGCCGCCGGGUGCCUCUGCCUGCCCCAACCGCUGACGACUUUGAGGGCAGGAUGGAGCCCCGGGCUGGGCCCUGCGUGUCCCCCCCGGCUCACCGGGCGCAUCCUCGCCCUCCCCCGGAGGGAGACGGGGGGCUCAUCGCUGUGCUGCUUAAUUAAAGGGACGAGGUGAUGCAGGGCUUAAAAUUGAGCCUCCGAAUUGAGGGCGAUGGUGCCGGGGCGCGGGGCGUGGCCCCUCCCGCGGGGGCGCCCCCAUUGGCCAGGGCGGCGCGGCGGUCGGCCAAUGGCGUGGCGGGGCGCCCGCGGGCCCUGCCGCUGUUGCCAGGGCAACGGCGGCGGCGUUAGCAACGGUUCCCCCCGCCGCCGCCGCCGCCGCCCCGCCAUGGCCAGCCCCGACCGCCGCCGUGCCCAGCCCCGCCGCGGCCGGGCGGACGGGGCCUCCCGGGAGCGCAGCCCCGCCGUCCCCACCUCGGACCGCCUCCCCCGGCGGGGGCUGGGCUCGGAGGACCGGGGCCGCCUGGUCCUGAACCGGUGAGGGGCUCCUGCCCGUCGGCAGCCUCAGCGAAGCCGAGUGUGGGGAAGCUGCGGUCGGGGCCGGGGAUGGGGCUGAGCAGGCUCCCCUUGCCCCUCCCUCCGAGAGUUGCACCUCCCGGGGCAAGGGGAGAGACCAGCCUCUGGCCUCUUGCAGGUGGAGGGGAGGCACGGGCAGGGCGAGCCAGGGGCAGCCCCCUUCUCCCGCAGCCCCCGAGAGCAGCCCUGACAUCAUCGCCGUGGUGGGGCACAGCUGUCCCUUCUACCCCCGGCUGCGGGGUCGCAGUUGCAGUGGAAGGACACUGCAAAGUGACGAUGCUGUCGAGACCGUGGCCCCAUGGAGCAGGGACACAGAGGGGAGGUGGGAGGCAGAGCCGGGGAUGGGGCCCCCCCACGGUCCCUCUUAUGUGCUUGGGCAUGGGCAGGCAUGUGUCCUGUCCUCCUGUGGGCCAGGGAUCAGCAGGUGACAUGCCACCUCCUUCCACACAGCUCCCCAGUGAGCCAUCAGCUGGGCCACCGCAGUGAUGGCCCCACCUGCACACCGGUACAACGAGCCCUCCUGGCGCUCACCGUCCCGCUGGAGACACUGCAGAUGGUGAAGAGCCACAUGCUGCAGGCCAUGCGCAAGGGGCUGAGCCGCCAGACGCACGCACAGGCCAAUGUGCGGAUGCUGCCCACCUACAUCUGCUCCAUGCCCGACGGCACCGAGAAGGGUGACUUGGUGGUGGUGGAGCUGUGCCAGAGCCACAUCCGGAUCCUGCAGGUGACCCUCUCAGGUGAUGGCAACCAAAGCCCCCAAGUGACGUACAAGAUUUUUGACAUGCCAGAGGACCUCAAGCAGGGCAAGGGGGAAGCGCUCUUUGACUUCAUUGCGCAAUGCGUGCACCAGUUCCUGGCUGGCUUCAGCAGCUCUCAGGAACGCCUCCCCUUGGGCUUCGUCUUCCCCUUCACCUGCAGGCACACGAGGCUGGACAAGGCUGAGCUCAUCUCCUGGUCUAACGGUUUCAGCUGCAGUGACGUGGAGGGGAAGGAUGUUGUGCAGUUGCUGCAGACGGCCAUCAACAAGCAGGAGCUCUGCCACGUGGACGUCAUUGCCCUGAUGAACGACACUGUGGGCACCAUGAUGGCUGGCAGCGUGGGGGAGGAACCCUGUGAGGUCGCCUUGGUCGUGGGCACGGGCACCAACAGUUGCUUCAUGGUCGAGGCACAGCAGGUGGAGAUAGCGGAGAAGAGCAGUGGGCAGAUGUGCGUCAACACCGAGUGGGGCUACUUCGGGGACGAUGGCUCCCUGAGCGAUGUCCUGACCCCCUACGACCAGAUCAUGGACCAGGAAUCCACCAACCCUGGGGAGAAGAGGUUUGAGAAGCUGGUGGGCAGCCUGUACUUGGGGGAGAUCGUCCGGCACGUGCUGAUCGCCCUCGCCACUGAGAAAGCACUCUUCACUGGGAGCAACGUUGCCGUCCUGAGGACCAAGGAUGUGCUCAAGACCCAGCAGGUCCUGAAGAUCAUCAACAACGAGGAAGGCACGGCCGAGGCAAAGAGGGCUCUGGAGGCUGUGGGGCUGCAGCCGACCGAGCAGGAUUGCUGCCGGGUGCAGCAGAUCUGCCGGGCAGUGGUGAUCCGUGCCGCCGCGCUCUGCGCCGCCGGGCUGGCUGCCAUCCUCAGCCACAUGUACCAGAGCCGGGAGCUGGAGCAGCUGGCGGUCAACGUGGGGGUGGAUGGCGAAUUGUACCGGGGCCACACCAGGUUUGGAGAGAUCCUGCAGAGCGUGACGGGGUUGCUGGUCCCCGAGUGCAAGGCCACCCUCUUGCCCUCGGCGGACGGGACGGGACGGGGGGCGGCCAUGGUGACAGCGGUGGCUCUGCGCCUGGCGGCCCAGCGCCGAGAGGUGGACAAGCUGCUGGCCCCGCUGCGGCUCAGCCGCGCUGACCUGGAGCGUGUCCAGGCGCUGAUGAGGCGGGAGAUGGAGCUGGGGCUGAGCGGUGAGAGCAAUGCCAGCUCUUCCAUCCGCAUGCUGCCCACCUACGUCCGCAACACACCCGACGGCACCGAACGAGGCGAAUUCCUGGCGUUGGACCUGGGGGGGACAAAAUUCCGGGUGCUGGUGGUACGCGUGACGCAGGACGGCAUCCGCAUGGACAGCGAGAUCUACAUCAUCCCCACCACCAUCGCGCAGGGCACUGGCGAGGCGCUCUUCAACCACAUCAUCGAGUGCAUCGUGGACUUCCAGCAGAAGCAAGGCCUGAUGGAUCAGAUCCUGCCGCUCGGCUUCACCUUCUCCUUCCCCUGCCAGCAGCUGGGCCUGGAUAAGGCAGUGCUGCUGAGCUGGACCAAAGGCUUCAGCGCCUCGGGCUGCGUGGGGCGGGACGUGGUCCAAAUGCUGCGGGAGGCCGCCCAGCGCAAACAGCACUUAGGGCUGAAGGUGGUGGCUGUGGUCAACGACACGGUGGGAACCAUGAUGUCCUGUGGCUAUGAAGACCCUAAAUGUGAAAUCGGCCUCAUUGUGGGGACGGGGACCAAUGCCUGCUACAUGGAGGAGAUGCAGAAUGUGGGUACCGUGGAGGGGGAGCAGGGCCACAUGUGCAUCAACAUGGAGUGGGGGGCCUUUGGGGACAACGGCUGCCUGGAUGACUUCUUCACCAACUUCGACCAGCUGGUGGAUGAGAAAACCAUCAACGCGGGCAAGCAGAGGUUCGAGAAGCUCAUUAGUGGCAUGUACCUGGGUGAGAUCGUGCGCCACAUCCUGCUGGCGCUGGUGGAGAAACAGGUCCUGUUCCGCGGCAAGCCCUGCCCUAAGCUCCAGACCAGGGACAUCUUUCAGACCAAGUUCCUUUCCACCAUCGAGAGGGAUGGGCUGGCCCUGCAGAAGGUCCAGGCCAUCCUGCAAGACCUGGAGCUCCAGGCCAGCUUCGAGGACAGUGUGCUGGUGCGGGAGGUGUGCCAGACCGUGUCCCUGCGGGCAGCCCAGCUCUGCGCCGCCGGCCUGGCUGCCGUGGUGGAGAAGAUGCGGGAGAACCGGGGCCUGGCCCAGCUGGCCAUCACCGUGGGGGUGGAUGGCACCUUGUACAAAUUGCACCCACACUUCUCCCAGAACCUCCAACAGAUGCUACAGGACCUGGCACCCAACUGCACCGUCACCCUCUUGCAGUCGGAGGAUGGCUCGGGGAAAGGGGCCGCACUCGUGGCGGCCGUGGCCAGCCGUGUGACCGAGUCCUAGGGCCAGCCACCGCUGCCACCACCUGCACCCCAAUAAACCACUUUGCUCCGCA